AUGAAAGCCUUCGUCAGAGUUUCUGUGUUCAUUCUUCUUUCGAGGUUAGACGUGAUACAUGGAGACAACGAUAGUGAAGGGAGGAGUGCACCUGAUAUACCCGUUCGCAUAGCCGUUGCCCCUGCAGUAGGGCCGAUCGCUGUCGCUGCUGCGUUUGCAAACCAACAUCAUUUUUCUGAUUGCGAAUGGCCGUGUCCUUACUACCAUUGGUCAAACCAUCAUCAUCCACGUGCAGCUUUACGAAAUCACUUGAAAACAUUCACAAAAGAAAGUGGCUUAACUUCUGACACAUCUUUGUAUUUUGAGAAGGAACACAGCCCCCACGUUCUUGGAAUACACCCAAUGCCUCAUAUAGUUGGUUCUGUGCCCCUACUAUACACCUCAGACGUUAUACAUAGAAGAGCUGCGGAAAAGAAAGCACGUCGUCUACUGCUGAAGAGAAGAGUCCCCGACACUGAACAACACCAAGCUUCCAACGCUGACACAGAGUCACAACGUGAUAACUUGUGA